AUGAACGGUUCACAAGCUGAGGCAUCAAACCUCACAUUUGCCCAAACUUACAUAUUGGCUUCUAAGGUUAAAAAUAAGUUGACCAAGGAAGCCGCCAACCCAAAGUCGCUGUUGUGGAACUUGGUUGUUCAAGCUAAUUUGUUUGAUAACCUUAUGGACCACAUCACCAAGGAAACAGAAAAGCGUGCUAGAGAUAGAAAGACAGCUGCUUCUACACCUCGUCGUGUAUCAUUUCUGUUACCUCAAAAAGAAUCUUCUACCCCUGAACACCUGAGCCCUUUGGCUAAAUCCACUCCUAACUAUACCCAUCAAUCACAUGUUACUGAAUAUGAAGUUGCUUCUGAUAGUGACAGUGAUAGUGAAGAUGAUUACUAUUACUCCGACGAAGACGAAGACGAAGAUAUCGAAAGUUUACACAGAGGUGCUUCCAAUCAAGUUGAAGCUCUUGGCCAUGCUGUUACUUCUUACGAGCUUUCAGUUGAUUUGGCUGAUUCUGAUUCUGAUGAAGAAAACGAUUACUACUACAGUGAUUCUGAUGAUGACGACGAUGAUGAUGAUGAAUUAUCGUUUGCUGUUCCCACCUCGAUUUACAGAUAUCCAUUAAGUAGAAACAACAGUGUUGUGGGAUUAUCAAGCGUCCAAGAAGAGGAGUUUGAAGAAGAAAAUAUAAAAGGACCAGAAGAAAUCGACUUGGCAGAUAUUGUAUCUGUUUCCGAGUUACCAGAAUUAACAAGAUCAAUUUCAUCUUCAGAUCUGGAAUCAGAUGAUGAGAAUAUGAAUCACAAACACCACCACCACUCUACAUACAUUGAGCCUGUUGAAAUUCGAAAUAAGAAACAAAUGGUGGAAAGUGCUGGACACCCACACCCACACCAACAACACCACCACCAUCACAGGCAUACUGAUGCAAUCUAUACAAUAGAGAGCGUGUUUUAG